GGCUGUCAUGGAGGCGCCUCGGAGCUCGGGAGGGCCGGGGCUGCGGCGCGGAGGAGGAGGACGAAGAGAGGAGAUCGCAGCAGCAGUGGAGGAGCGGCGGCAGAAGCUGCAAGAAUAUUUAGCUGCCAAAGGAAGGCUGAGACCUACCAGCACCAAGCCCUACUUGAAGGACAACAGCCGGCACAAGAAUCCAGCUCCCUCCACAGCACAACCUACUGUCGGAUCCCGGAAAACUGUUGCCCCAAGCACAGCCAAAAGUGCAUCGACCAGGGAGGCAAAGUGGUCGGGACCUGCUAGCAAAGUCUUUCCAGAUAAGCCUUCCAGGGCUCUUGUGCACCGGGAGCCAAACAAUGCACCCACACAACUUCCAAGGAAGCGGGGGCCCGUACUUCCUCUCCCCUCAAAGCCCCCUGCUAGAAAACACCCUGAGAAGCUGGUCAGCAGGAUCUCAUCUGCUGGACAUCGCUUAGGCGGGAUGAGAGAACCUGGAAAGCAGGAAUUGGCCACAGCAUCCGGGACGUCAAACGUCCUUUCGGACUCCAGCAAGGCAGAGCGAGAUAAAGAGAAUUCUGGGCUGAAGCAUGUUGGGCAGCCUUGGAAGAGAGAGACGUCUCGCUUCAGCCUCCAAGCCAAAUCCCAAACUGGCUCCAAACCGCCCGUGAAGAACAGCAAGCAAGCUGUGGGGAACAGCACCCUUUCGAAAAACCACAGGGCCGCUGCGGCACAGGUUAAGCCCAGAGCACCCUUAGGGGGUCCUCAGAGGCAAGUCAACAGCAUCUCAGUGGUGCGGACUUCACCACCCCGUGGACGGCCCUCGGCUGUUUCUAGGCCAGGAGUCCGAGGCCAAAAUCCCAGAUUAAUAAAGCAGCCUGUGGUGAUUCCACAGGCCACUGGUCCGCCUGUCCCUGGAGGGUCUCUGGCUGGGAGGGAAGGAACAGCGUCAUCCUCAUCCCUGGGCAUUCUUCAGAGGGGUCGGUCCAGGCCGCAGGCUGGUGCUCUGCAGGAGAGACCGCUGCCCAGGCGCCACGGGGCCUUGCAGAGGAAACGGAAGGCCACUCCGGAGAGAUGUUGUUCAGCAGUGCCUGGUGGCGCCAAGCAGAACAGAAGCCCAGCAGGGAGGGACCCGGGCAGCAAGAAGUUCAAGCAAGCGCCCAGGACUCCUGAGCCAACAUCCAGGCACGGAGCCUCGGAGCAGGGCUCUGGAGGACGCGGGAGAAGCGCACCCAGAGCAAAGCAGCCGGCGAGGGAGACAGGCCAAGAGCCCAAGACCCCAGGCACUCGGGAUCGGAGGAAGCAGCUAGAGGAGUGGUUGGCGUCCAGAGGGAAACAAUACAAGCGGCCCCCGAUGACCUUCCCCGUUAAAAGGCGGCCCCCGCCCAAGGAGAAGGAGGCCCUGGACCGCUCCUUCUGGGACCGCAUGGAGGAAGAGAUGGAGCAGCAAAAGGUGGCACAGCAAAUCGCCAGCACCUUGGCAGAGUGCAUGAAGCUGGCAGACGAGGGGGUUCCUUCGGAAGAGCUCCUGGCCAUGCUGUCCCGCAUCCCAGAGGCAGAGAAGUUUGCACAGUUCUGGGCCUGCAAGGCAAAGCUGUUGGCCCGCCAAGGCCUGUUGGAUGCAGCUGGGCUGUACCGUGCGGCUGCUUGCGCUGGAGCUGUGCCGCUACGAGAGUUGAGAGAUGCCCUUGUUGACACUCUGAAGCGUUCCAGUCAAGCCUGGGCAACCCCUGCUGAACUCCGACUUCCCGGCAAGGAGCAGGCGCAGAGCAACGGGCAAGGACCAGCUUGCCAGCCUCUUUCGGCAAUCAAGCUUCAAGUGGCAUCACUGCCCAGAGCCAAGGAGCCGAGUGCGAGGCCAAGCCUGAAGCUCUUGACGCCCGUGCGGCGGUCCCUGCGGAUCGAGCGGGCGUCUGCUCGCUACCCACAGAUGCUGAGGGACCACGACCCCGUCGUGUCCUGCCUGGACGAAAUCAUGGACGCAGAGGACGGCUGUCGCUUCAUCUUCCGCAAGAACGAAGCUUUGCCAGAGACGGUGGAGGUGGAGGGCUUUCUGCCACGGACCUCGGCGCCAACCUCCCCAGACCCACCCCUGCGCAGACCCCUGUUCUGUUAGAGCUGCAUCGGCGGACUGGAAAUGUGGGGGUCAUAGCAUGGGACCCUUUUCAGAAUAUAUAUAUGCAUCUUUAUUAUUGAAAUGAUUAAAAAGAAAAAGAAAACAACCUUUUUGACAACACGGGUGGCUUUAGGAAGCGCCAAGAAUUUUUUUUGGGGGGGGGUCCCUCAUCUCUCCCAGCUGGAUUUCUCUCUGAGCAAAAGGAAUUGGGGGGGGGAGCCUCUGCCUGCCAUUUUGUGGGCACAGGCAGAGAAGGGUCCUCCCCGUAUUCUGGGUGUGGAAUGGGUUUUUCAGAGUGGGGUGGGGGCCUGGCGUCCUGGGCUUGGCACCGCCGGGCCUCACCCUAGACCCCCAAGGAAGUCCAAGUCUUGGCUGCCAGGUGCCUGCGAAUGGGAAG